AAAGGUAAUAAUGAAAACAACAUACUGUCACUUAACGUACAUUUGACAUUUUGCCAAAAAAGCUCACCACUCCAGUGGGCCCUCCCAUAAGGAGGAGGUAUAUAAAAGCUAUCACUUGAUGUCUGUUUCAUCACAACUGACACAUGCACUCACUUCUGCUAUGAAAGGCAGCAGAAGUUCAUACAAACUAUUUCUGCACUAGAUCAGAUUAUCUUUUACGAGCAUUUUUCUGUUGGAGACGAUCAACUUUAAUCAAUAGAUAAUCCAUUUUUUCUUUAUGAGGCAGUGCUGACAAAAACAUCACUUUCUGAUUUGGAUCUUGUUCCAGUCUUUCGUCACCAUUGUAACCUUACAAUGAUGAUAAGCAUUGCUUUGAUCUGGGGAGUAGUGGUUGGAUUUUGUUGCCUUCUGUGGCUUGCAUUGGGGAUAAGACACAGGCAAGCUGGUGAGCCUGUCCUUGAAAAUGGUUUAAUUCCCUACCUGGGCUGUGCUUUGCAAUUUGGUGCAAACCCUCUUCAAUUCCUUCGCAGCCGCCAAAAGAAGUAUGGUCAUAUUUUCACCUGCAAGAUAGCAGGCCAGUACAUCCACUUCCUUUGUGACCCCUUUUCCUACCAUUCAGUCAUCAGACAGGGGAGACACCUCGAUUGGACAAAAUUUCAUUUUGCUACAUCUGUUAAGGCAUUUGGUCAUGACAGCUUUGACCCUCGUCAUGGUCACACCACAGAAAACCUCCAUCAAACCUUUCUGAGGACCCUUCAGGGGGAAGCUCUUCCCUCCCUGAUAGAAACUAUGAUGGGCCACUUGCAAGAUGUCAUGCUAAACUCAGACACCCUUAGUCCCAGUGAGGACUAUUGGGAGGUGGAUGGCAUAUUUGCCUUUUGCUACAAGGUAAUGUUUGAAGCUGGCUACCUGACUCUGUUUGGUAAAGAGCUUGGAGAAGACAAGUGCCACACCAGGCAGGAAGCACAAAAAGCCUUGGUCCUUAACACUUUGGAGAAUUUUAAGGAGUUUGACAAGAUUUUCCCAGCUCUUGUGGCUGGCUUACCCAUCCAUGUCUUCAAGAGUGCCUACAGUGCCAGAGAGAACUUAGCAAAGACUAUGCAUGCUGAAAACUUGUCCAAGAGGCACAAUAUGUCUGAUCUGAUCUCUAUGAGGAUGAUACUGAAUGAUUCACUAUCUACGUUCAAUGACUUGAGCAAAGCUAGAACUCAUGUUGCUCUACUCUGGGCUUCACAAGCUAACACACUGCCUGCUACGUUCUGGAGUCUAUUUUAUAUGAUCAGGAGUCCAGAUGCUAUGAAAGCAGCUCAGAAAGAAGUGCAGAAAGUUCUGAGGGAUUCGGGUUUGAUAGUGGACCCCAAUGGGCCCAUGCUAAAUCUGACUAGACACCAGCUGGAUAAUAUGCCUGUUUUGGACAGCAUCAUGAAAGAAGCAAUGCGGCUUUCUAGUGCCUCUUUGAAUAUUCGGGUUGCCAAAGAGGACUUUCUGCUCCACCUUGACAACCAAGAAGCUUACCGUAUUAGGAAAGAUGAUGUCAUAGCCCUGUAUCCACCCAUGGUGCACUAUGAUCCGGAAAUCUAUGAGGAUCCCUAUGAGUAUAAGUUUGACCGCUUUCUGGAUGAAAGAGGUCAGGAGAAAAAUGCUUUUUAUCGUAAUGGUCGGAGGCUGCGUUACUUUUACAUGCCCUUUGGGUCAGGGGUCACAAAAUGCCCUGGACGAUUUUUUGCUGUGUAUGAGAUCAAGCAGUUUCUGACUCUGAUGCUGUCCUACUUUGACAUGGAAUUAUUAGACCCUGCAAUCAGAAUUCCUCCUCUAGACCAAUCUCGUGCAGGUCUGGGAAUUCUCCAACCAACCUAUGAUGUGGACUUCAGGUACAAACUGAAACAGAAAAACUAAACUCAGUUAUUACUGUGCUGGCUUACUGAAUUACAUACUGUGUAUAGUGUAAAGUUGAAAGUACAAUUAAGAUAUUUUACUGUGUAUAUAAAUAGAUUGAAUAGUUUUUUCCUGUUCUGUUUAUUUUAUAAAAUGAAGCUGUAGAUGAUGGGUUGCAUGGAAUCAUUAGAAAUUAUCACAUAUUUCAAUGUUUCCACUGGUAUUCUGUCAUAUUCAAUAUUUCUCAUAUUAAGAGCCAUGUAUACUAAAUAGUAAUAAUCAGUACUUGCAAACUCAACACAGUACAGUGGUUUAAACCUGCAGGUUUAGAAAACGGAAUAAACAAUAGGGGGACAUUAACAAAAUCGCUGAUAAAAAAUUUAAAUCAUAAUGUUAAUUGUUAAAGGCAGUAUGUAGCGCAAUUGCCUAAUAAAUCAAUGGAUACCGUUUCCGACCUUAGUUAAGCUUUUCUGUGUGGAGAUUACAUGCUUGCAAGAGCAUGCAUGGGUUUUAUGAGGUAUACUUUGGCCUCCGCUCACAGUCCAAAGACAUGCAUUAUUCGGUUAACAAUGUGUCUACUGUGCCCCCUGGUGUGAGUGGGGCUGCAUACUUGUUGGUGAUUAUUCUGGGGGCGCAGAACCUAGGCCCUCGUGAGCUAGUGACCUUUCAAGAGUCUGUCCCACCUAUCAAUCAGUAGUUGCAACAUAGAUGGACAUAAACUAUAAUAAAAAAGACAUAUGCUAAAUGCCUCACAAAACUGAUAUACUUAAAAGACAAUUGAAGAACACACUAAAGUGACACAUUAGUUUGCUUGUAAUUUUAAUAAUAUGGAGCAGCUAAAGGGUUAAAUGAUCUUUCUGCACCUCUUAAACACAAAAAGCUGGUAUGUGUGUCAGGAACAUGUUCCUUUUCUGUGAUUAACUAACUCACAAAUGAUAUGGUAUGUAAAAACAUUGAUCCAACGAUGUGGCAAAAGGUGGCCUUCUUGGAAAUAAAUACUGUGACUUUUAUAAUUUUCUGAA